AUCUGGGCGUAUCUAUUUGACAGACAACUAUUUCAGCCAAUGAAGGUGUGAUCUGCCUCUACUCAACGGUUGAGGGUGGAACUUACUAACAUUUGUUAUGGAAGAUGUCAUUCGUUGGAGCUAUGAUAACUGCGUCAAAGUCAAAAGUAUUAAGCCUUGCUAGGGCUUCUACUAUUCUGAACAACUUUAAUGUGAGACAACAGGUACACCGACGUCCCCUAAACCCCCAGCCAGGUCUUUACACAGCAGGAAUUCAGCCCUUCAGCAGCGCCUCAGCCCAGGAGCAGGCAGCGGUAUCAGCGUCAUCUGAAGUACGACUCACUGAGUCAUGUGUGAAGAGACUAGAGGAAAUCAUGGAGAAGGGGGAGUAUCUGAGAAUUCAUGUGGAGGGUGGAGGCUGCUCCGGGUUCCAGUACAAGUUUUCCGUUGAUGCUAACAGGAAUGAAGAUGACAGAGUGUUUGAGCAGGGAGGAGUGGGCAUUAUCGUGGAUCAGGACAGCCUGGAGUUUGUGAAAGGAGCUACUGUGGACUUCAGCCAGGAGCUGAUCCGCGCCACCUUCCUUGUGCUCAAGAAUCCUCAAGCCGAUCAUGGCUGCUCUUGUGGCAGCUCCUUCUCUGUCAAACUAUGACCCUGCUUCCUUAUGUCAAUGUUAUUUAAUACUCGGGUUCACCAGUUUAGUAGGCCUGUGUAGAAAAUACAGCAACAUAUAAUUGACACAACUCAAUUUAAUGCACAUGUACUUCUGGUUUUGUAGUUUUGAAACUACCUGAACUGAAUGAAAGCUAUUAAUUAAUCAUUACGCUAUCAUGCAGAUAGUGACAGUCAAUGCUAAUUGAGAGCUGCGUUCACAAUAUUCAAAUGUGUUCUCAUGUAUUCAAACAAAACAAAGACCCCUGUUAAAGUGUUAUAGUAUACAGUGCUAAGGUUUGCCUCUCUUGUGUAAAAUAUGUAAAUAGACCAUAUCUUUGAUUUCAAAGAGCUAUAAUAUAUUUGUUUUGUCCAAAAUAAAGUGAAGAGUGAAUUUA